GGCAUGCACGCCGUCUAAGCGCGGCAAUCCCCGCUGGUGUGGUGAAGUUUGCGUACGGCGGCGAUUCAGUUGUUUUGCGUGCUUCGGUGCGGAAAUGUCAGUGGGUCAUCGCGACUCGCCGACGACGACCACGUAAACCACACACGCGCGCACAAACAAAACAAACGAUGACAGAGGAAGCCGUCAGCGCGCAUCAGCUGGUCGAGCGUCGCCUGGGUCACAAUGGCAUCGUACAACCCCUUCUCACAGAUUUAUACCAAAUCACAAUGGCGUAUGCCUAUUGGAAGUCAGGCAAAACGAAGGACCAUUCAGUUUUCGACCUGUUUUUCCGGAGGAACCCUUUCCAAGGUGAAUUCACCAUUUUCGCCGGCCUUGAAGAGUGCCUCAAGUUCCUGGAGCGGUUCCACUACUCCGAGAGCGACAUCGACUACUUACGCAAAACCUUGCCCAGUACCAUUGAAGAUGAAUUCUUUGUGUACCUCAGUCAGUUGAACACCAAUGACGUCACUGUGUAUGCUGUCCCUGAAGGUUCUGUUGUAUUUCCACGUGUGCCUCUAAUGCGAAUUGAAGGACCAUUAAUAAUCGUGCAAUUACUGGAGACGACUUUACUGACGCUGAUAAAUUAUGCGAGCUUGAUGACGACGAACGCCGCCAGGUACCGCAUGGCGGCGGGUGAUCUUCAGCUGUUUGAGUUCGGCCUCCGGCGGGCGCAAGGCCCCGAUGGGGGUUUAUCCGCUUCAAAAUACAGUUACAUAGGUGGUUUCGAUGGAACAAGCAAUGUCCUCGCCGGUAAACUGUUCAACAUUCCGGUGAAGGGCACCCAUGCGCAUGCGUACAUCACUUCGUUCACAGGCCUCAAUGAAUUACGCACGCAAACGUUGAUACACAAAGGCGGUGGAGACGAGGUGGAUUUACUGGAGGCGUCAACCACGUGGCGUGCACGUCUCGUUGAUCUAUUCAAGGUCGUUGGUACGGAAGCCAAUGAUGGUGAAUUGGCGGCGUUGAUUUCGUUCGCCAUCGCCUUCCCCGACGGCUUCAUGGCGCUUGUCGAUACGUACGAUGUAAAGAGGUAUCCCUGUCGCAUGACCCACGCCAUCACAAUGUGGCCUGUCACUCUGCCCAACACUCUAUCGCAUAACGAGUACAGGAGUGGUUUGUUGAAUUUCUGCUCCGUGGCGUUGGCCCUACAUGAUUUGGGUUACAAAGCGAUUGGUAUACGUAUUGAUAGUGGUGAUUUGGCUUAUUUAUCCAAUGUGGCUCGUCAUUACUUCACUGAAAUAUCAACCACUUACAACAUCCCGUGGUUUGCUGAUUUGAUGAUCAUGGCUUCGAAUGAUAUCAACGAAGAGACAAUUCUGAGCCUGAAUGAACAAGGGCAUAAAAUUAAUUGUUUUGGUAUCGGGACCCAUCUGGUGACAUGCCAGAGACAACCAGCUCUGGGUUGUGUAUACAAAAUGGUUGAGUUGAAUGAGCAGGCCCGGAUUAAACUGAGUCAGGAUGUGGGCAAGGUGACAAUGCCUGGCAGGAAGGAUGCGUAUCGUUUGUACAGCGAGAGUGGUUUCGCGUUGAUUGAUCUGUUACAACAGACGUAUGAAGAGGCACCACAGGUGGAGAAGAAGGUUUUGUGUCGACAUCCGUUUGAGGAGUCGAAACGCGCGUAUGUCAUUCCUUCGAAAGUGGAGAAAUUACACAGGGUGUGCUGGAAAGAUGGGAAGAUACGUGGCCCACUGCCCAAUCUCAAGGAUAUCAGGGAGAGGGUUAAAACUUCUUUGAAGACGCUCAGGCCUGAUAUCAAACGAAAUUUGAAUCCUACACCUUUUAAAGUAGCCGUAAGUGACAAUUUGUACAACUUUUUACACGAUCUAUGGUUAAAGAACGCACCAAUUGGAGAAUUAUCUUAGAUAAAUACAAGAAUAAUGAAAGCACACACGCGAAUCAUAAAAACAACUUCAACAAUUCCAAAACAAGACAAAAAAAAACUCAAUAAGUAGUAUUAAAAAGACGUUUUUGUAUAAUUUUGUAAAACACCACUAAUCAAACUAACAAGUUGUUGCCUUAGGCUGUGAACUGUCCGACAGAAUUUACAACAAGUGUAAUAAGUUAACCUAGGGGCAGCUGACCGAACGGAAUUACUUGCCUGCUGCAGAAAUUAUUUUUCUACUCUUGUUGAUUGAAACAACGUAGGAAACAAUUGGGAGAUCAAAUCUCAUCACUUGUAUGUUGAUGAGGAUAAUUGUGGAAUCAUUGAUUUGUUCGAAAUCAAAUCUUGCAAUCAUGUAUCAGUGUAACACUGAAUGCCUUUCAGCAGAAAUUAUAUGGUACAAGUAACUUACAAUAAGAUUUAGUCAGUAAUGUUUGAUGUUUGCGAUGUCAAACGAUAAAUUAAUUAGUUACUGUAUGAGAAAUUAAUAUAUGGGUUGAACAAA